UUCAAUUCUUACAAAAUAUUCAAUUUCAUGUACUUCUCCUGGCAGUGGUUUUAAUGUUGUGGCUGAUCAGGUAAGUUAUGGGUCCAUGUUCAAGAUUUUUCCAGGUUCUGUGUAGAAUCUGUUCAGAGCCUUUUUAAUAUUCUGUUAAACCACUUUAGAAAAUGCAUUUGCCACAAGUAACUGUAUGUUUCCCCCCAGCAUGCAAAGCGGUGGGAACAGGAAUCAAGGAGCAUCAAGGACAUCAAGGACAAAGCAUCAAGGAGUCACAGUUUAACAGUUUAACAUCUUGUGGUUUGGAUGCAGUCGUUAGAUGCAGUGGCGUGAAGACCCAGCCAGAUUCGAUGUCCCAGGACGCGCGCAAGGCUCUGCCUCGAAACCUGGGAACCCCGACUGAUACCCCGCCCAGCACUCUGAUGAUGAACAGCAAAGGUCUCAACCCCAGCCCAAAGAGGGCCGUACGGGACCCCAAAACAGGACGAGCUGUCCAGGAGAGGAACUCGUACGCAGUGAGCGUGUGGAAGAGAGUGAAAGCCAAGCUGGAGGGCAGAGACAUCGAUCCCAACAGGAGGAUGAGUGUCACAGAGCAGGUGGACUUUGUUAUCAAAGAGGCUACCAACAUGGACAACCUGGCCCAGCUGUAUGAGGGUUGGACUGCCUGGGUGUGAACGCUACACUGCUUCAUGUCUUUGGUCCAGCGAAGGCUUGGAGAUCCACCAGAGUCCAGCAGGACUGGGGUGUCGGAACAGCAGCACUGCGCCACACUAGGGGGAGGAAAAUGGGAAGCGGAUGCUUAGUCCGCCUUCCCAAACCCCUGGGCUCCCAAACUGGGGCAGCGACCUCGUAGCAUCGCUGCAACCACACUCCCCCCAACCAUCGGCGAUCGGGCUAACAUAAUGCUUCGGGGGCCUGCAGAGCCGCCUUCCUUUUGGGGAUUUGAGUGGGCAAAGCGGCGCCGGGACGGGGAGGGGGGAAGGAGGGCGAAGGCCUCUUCACCCUCGACUUGGAAAAUAUCUUCCCCCCUCACCUGCAUAGCUCACUAUCAAGUUGUACCCAUAAACAUCACUCAUCAUCCUGUUGUGCCCAUCAAACUCCACCUGAGGGCAGGAUGAAGCAGGAAGUGAGCUGUGUACCUGAAGCACACAGCUGAUGCACCGUGGGUGGGACUUUACCUGGGUUAAAGCUCAGAUGGAGGGGGCGUUUACAUGGCCACAUUUGUUUUUCUCUAAUCUUUUCCUCGACGGCGUUGUGAUUCUGAUUGGCCAGUGGGAGACACGGUUGGGCAGGAGUGAUGGAAACAAAGAUUCCACCGGAUUCUUUGGGCUACAUGGACAUCCACCUGAAACCUGAAAUGAAAGUGGGGAAUAAUAAAAAACUGUGCUUUGAUUGGCGCACAGUAAAAGACGUUGACAUGUCUCUGAAGUCUUGUCAAAAUUUCACAGAAUAAAAAAGAUUGUUGAGCAGAGUUGUUUUCUCAGGAAGGUUCCUUGUGAUUUUUGUGGAUAAAAGCCGAGACAUCCUGUCAUGUGACAUAGUUUUGGACGGCUCAUUUUUGUGAGCGCGGAGCGAACGCAGUUUGAAGGGAGAGACCUCUAUUUGAUUGUUUUUCUUCGGUGUGGAUCUUUAGUCUGUGCUGUGCUGUGUAACUAUCUGUAGGAGUAGAUUUCCGCCUCUUUUGACUUGCCUGUCAGAAACUGUUACCUGCAUCAUUCACGCCUCAACCCUACUGCUUGCAUUUUAUGAACCUUGAUCUUCUAGUUUUACAUUUUUAUUGAGAGAAAUUAUGUUUUUGGUGAUGGUGAAACAUGUUAAUUCUUAAAGCUUUUAUUGGAUUUUGUUGGAUGUCAAAUAAACAUGGAACUGAGAA